GGAGAAUCUGAUAUCAUUCAGUUUUUUAUCCUCUAAAAAUGAAAGCUGUGGUCGCGUUCUCGUUUUUGGUGGUGAUGGUUUCAGCUGCUUUGCAGCCUCUGAAACCUCUUCAACCUCUGAAACCUCUCAAGUCUGUCCAACGAUUUCAACCUCUUCAACGACCACAAUCUCCACAACCUCUACGACCUUUUCAACCUCUCGCACGUGCACAACCUUCUCCACCCUCUUCUUACCGACGACCUGCAUUGCCAUAUAAGGUACGUUACGUAACUCGAAAUCAAGAUGGUCAGUAUGGAGCAGAUGAUGCUGGAGCAUAUUACCAUGCGGACGGAGGAUACAUUCACGAUGACAGCGGAGUUUAUAUACAUGACAAUUCUGGAGAUUAUGUUCAUCAAGAUGUACCUUACGAACAUCUUGAUGUUCCAUAUGAACAUCAAGAUAUAGGAGGUGGAGAAUACGUCCAUCCAGUGUAUGUUGAAAGCAUUCCUCCCGCUGGGGGAUAUGGUCCACCUGUUGCUCUAAGACAAGGCAAUGCAGCUGGUCUCUAUGACAAUCGCAAUUACAAAAUUAUUCGAAAAAUCGAACAUGUGGGAGAAGAUCUGUAUGAUUAUCUUUAUGAAACGGAAAAUGGAAUUUAUGCUGAGGAAGACGGAAAAUUAGCAAAUAAGGGAACAAACGAAGAAGGUAUAAGUGCUAAGGGAUACUUUACUUAUACUGGACCUGACAGCAUAAUAUACUCUGUAAAUUACACAGCUGGUCAGGACGGAUUUGUGCCUGAAGCUGAUCAUCUGCCUACGCCACCACCAGUACCGGAAGCUAUUGCUCGUUCUUUGGCAUACCAGAGAUCAAUAGGUGAACUAGAAGACAGGAGAUAAAACGUUCUUGCACAUAUUACUACCUAUAUUAUUUAUAUUAUCUGUGUUAAGUAAAAUAUAUAUUUUUGUAAUUAUGUAAUAAAUGUAUUU